GUUAGGAAUGGCUAGUGCAUUGGAAACUUUAUGUGGGCAAGCUUAUGGUGCAAGGCAAUACUACAUGCUCGGUGUAUAUCUUCAAAGGUCCUGGAUUGUGUUAUUGCUCUGCUCAAUUAUUCUCACACCUGUAUUUAUCUUUACAACACCAAUUCUAAAAGUUUUGGGCCAGGAUGAAGCUAUUUCAGAAGUUGCAGGAGUUAUUGCAUGGUGGUUAAUCCCUGUGAUGUUCUCAUUCAUUGUGUCCUUCACAUGCCAAAUGUUCCUACAAGCACAGAGCAAGAACAUGAUCAUUGCAUACUUGGCAGCAUUUUCAAUUGCAAUCCACAUUUUUCUCUCCUGGCUUUUGAUAGUGAAGUACAAGCUUGGGAUUCCUGGGGCGAUGAUUUCUACUAUUUUGGCAUUUUGGAUCCCCAAUGUGGGUCAACUAACUUUUAUUCUUUUUGGAGGGUGCCGAGAAACAUGGAAAGGUUUUUCAUAUUUGGCCUUUAAGGAUCUGUGGCCAAUAAUCAAGCUCUCUUUGUCAUCUGGUGUCAUGCUUUGUUUGGAAGUUUGGUACAACACCGUACUUGUUCUUUUAACAGGGAACAUGAAGAAUGCCGAGGUUGCCAUUGAUGCUCUUUCUAUUUGCCUUAAUAUCAAUGGUUGGGAAAUGAUGAUAUCCCUUGGGUUCUUGGCUGCAGCAGGUGUACGGGUCUCAAAUGAGCUUGGAAGGGGAAGCUCCAAAGCAGCAAAGUUCUCGAUCUUGGUGUCAGUGUUAACAUCAUUUGCCAUUGGAUUCAUGCUAUUUAUAUUUUUCCUGUUCUUUCGAGGACGUCUAGCUUACAUAUUCACUGAAAGUCGUGAAGUGGCUAUAGAAGUUGCUGAUUUAUCACCUUUAUUGGCUUUUUCCAUUCUUCUGAACAGUGUUCAGCCAGUUCUCUCUGGUGUUGCAGUUGGGGCAGGCUGGCAGGGCAUUGUAGCAUAUGUUAAUAUUGGAUGUUAUUAUUUGAUAGGGAUCCCUGUCGGAGUUGUACUAGGCUAUGUUAUCAAAAUGCAAGUCAAAGGUGUUUGGAUUGGGAUGUUGUUUGGUACGCUCGUUCAAACCGUGGUACUUACCAUCAUCACUUACAAAACUGACUGGGAUGAACAGGUGUCCAUUGCUCAGCAGCGCAUUACCAGGUGGUUUGUAGGAUCUGAACAACAGGCUGCAAACCCACAAGGUGCCUGAAAUGGAAUUUUCUUUCCAUUUGCAGGAAAGAGUGAAUUCUUGGCUUCAUUUUGUCAUCAUAGUUUAUGUUAUAACGUGUUUAUUGCAUUGACGGAUGUUAUAUAUGCAUGUUGUCUGGAUAUGUCAAAUGGUGUUUGAUGGAUAGCCAAAAAAUGAUUGGAGUCGGCUAGGACGGAGGUCAGGUCAAACUUGACAGACAGAUUUAAUUAGGAAAUGGUCAUAAACAUCUAGAAAACUCAAGACUGCAUUCUGUUUGAUGUUUUUGAAACUAGACUCAUGUAUGUGAUCUCUGGUAGAACAUCUUAUUCUCCGAGUGAGUACUGGUGUCGUCUUGAAGAUCUCUGAAAAUUGAGGACACUCAGAUACCCGUUCAACUUUGAUAACUUGUAGAGAAACAAUGAU